AUGCUGAAAGGUGAACUCAUAACAAAAGACUUGUCUUGCCUCGUGAUAUUCGCGUGCUCGUCGCAAAACACUUACCGGAACAUCGACUCGGAAUAUUCUGCAACGUCAUUGCCGGGACAUAAAACCUUUGGACGCAAUCGCGCGCCACCGCAGCGAAAAUGGCGCUUUAAAAAUCCGGUGCGGACGCCGCGCUUUAUGGACCGGCUACGGGAGUGCCGCUAUAAAAGCGCAACGUGCGGCUUUAAGCGCGACCCCGCU